UUUAAUAAAUCAUUUUGUGAUAGUUGCUAGCUUAGUUAAGUUUCCAUAGACAAAAUUUGGGAAUAUGAUCGAAAUUUUUGUUGCUCAUCACAUUUGUUUACAAUAAAGACAACAACAACACACAAAUGCAUACAAACACAACAACAAAAAAAACCAAAACCUUGGUAGCUCCAAAACAAACAAAAAUGGCUUCUUCCUCUUGUUCCAAACCUCAAACAAGCACAAAACCGCCAAUCAUUUGCACAUUUGUUUGUUUCCUCUUCGUAUUUUUGUCUCAGUACACGCCCGUUUGUUUUGGUUCGCGAACGAACCGGACUUUCCGGCCGCUCCACGAGUUGCGAAAUAUGAAGAGAGUUAGAAGUUAUUUGAGAAAGAUCAACAAGCCUGCAGUCAAGACAAUUCAGAGCCCAGAUGGUGAUUUAAUAGAUUGUGUAAAAUCUCAUCUUCAGCCAGCUUUUGAUCAUCCUCAGCUCAAAGGUCAAAAGCCAUUGGAACCACCGGAAAGGCCGAAAACGAAUAAUUCCGGCGACUCGGUUGCCGAGGUUUUUCAGGCAUGGACGAACGGCGGCGAAUCUUGUCCGGAAGAGACAAUUCCAAUAAGAAGGAUAACCGAGAAAGAUGUUCUGAGAGCGAGUUCGAUUCGGAGGUUCGGGAGAAAAAUCAGAAGGGGAGUUAGAAGAGAUACCACAAGCAGUGAUCAUGAGCACGCAGUGGCAUUUGUGAAUGGAGAGCAAUAUUAUGGAGCAAAAGCAAGCAUAAAUGUGUGGGCACCUCAAGUUACAGAGCAAUAUGAAUUCAGCCUUUCACAGCUUUGGGUUAUUUCUGGUUCUUUUGGUAAUGAUCUCAACACAAUUGAAGCUGGUUGGCAGGUGAGCCCAGAAUUAUAUGGAGACAACUAUCCAAGGUUUUUCACCUACUGGACAACGGAUGCGUAUCAAGCGACGGGAUGCUAUAAUCUACUAUGUUCGGGUUUCAUUCAAAUUAACAACAAAAUCGCAAUUGGAGCUGCAAUUUCUCCAAGGUCAUCGUACAACACAAGGCAAUAUGAUAUUGGCAUUAUGAUAUGGAAGGACCCAAAGCACGGGAAUUGGUGGCUCGAGUUCGGGCCGGGCCUACUGGUCGGUUAUUGGCCCACGUUCCUCUUUAGCCACCUACAAAGCCACGCGAGCAUGGUGCAAUUUGGCGGCGAGAUCGUGAACUCCCGGUCGAGUGGGCCCCACACGUCGACCCAAAUGGGCAGUGGCCGAUUUGCGGACGAGGGCUUCGGAAAGGCCUCUUAUUUUAGGAACUUGCAAGUUGUGGAUUGGGACAACAACCUAAUACCUCCAAAUAACUUGCAUUUGUUGGCUGAUCAUCCAAAUUGUUAUGAUAUUAGGGCAUGGAAAAACAAUGCAUGGGGGACUUAUUUUUACUAUGGAGGCCCCGGAAGAAACCCUAGAUGUCAAUAAUUAAUUUUUUAUUAUGGUUAUUAUAAUUCUUAGUUUUUUAAAUUUUAUUAUUAUUUGGUGUUCUAGCUAGUGUUGAUUCUUUUUUGGGUCUUCUUCAGUCUUCUAUAUAUGAGUAGGAUUUUUAAUUUGUUUUGUUUUAUUUUUUAGAUUGCUUUUAUUGGGUGAGAAAUUUGAUUUCCUAUUAAGUUUUAAAGUUUCCCCCUCCAAGACUCCAUUCUAUGUAAAUUGUUUUUGAUUGAAUGAUAAUAUAAGAGAGUGUAUUGCUUUCUUUUUCUUUUUCUUU